CCGCCAUUUUGGCUUCAAGGCGCCUUCGCACGCAGCCGCACGGGGGCAGGGCGCCUCAGGCGCGCCCGCCCUCCCGCUCCCGCGGGCGCUGCGCAGGCUCCAAACGAGGCCCAGGCGCGUGCUGGGAGCGGCCGCUCACUCGGCGCCCAGCUCCUCCCGCCGCUUUGCGAGAAAGACCAAUCAGAAGAUAGAACCGUUCUCCUGCCAGCCAAUGGCGGUGGGUCGCGCCGUGCGCUCCCGGACCGAGGCUGUGGAGAACCGGCGGCCGCGCGCCGCCGCGGGGGAGGGGGCGGCGAAGGGAUCGUUAAGUUGGACGUUUGAGGCAAGCGAGGCCGCUCGUCCCGUGCGGGCCAACGCAUUGUCCCUCCCCCAGGAUUCAUGGUGCAUAUAGCUGUUUUUGGCAUACUGUCACCAGGUCACAUGUGUGGACUAAAUGCCACAAAUCUUAAAUCAUGUCAUGUCCAUCUUAUUUUAAUGAAAUUUCACCAAUAGUGCCGGUGUUGUCUGUAAGGCCUGCUAUUUCUGAGGGAAUCACUUACUCAGCACCCCCUUUAUAUUUUCAUCCGGGAACAACUGCUCAGUUCACUAUAUUUGAACCACUCUCCAAUCCACUGAUAUCAAACCCCUAUGUAUUAUUGCCCUCUGUCCAACCAGUUGCUCUUACUCCUGGGGCAACGAGAUGUCAUUACUGGAGAACUAGUACUACUGCAAUGAAUGCUUCUGGAAUACAUGUUCUAGAGAAUCAUAAUACUUUUUCUAAAACUCCAGGUGAGAAACCAAUAAAUAAAAACAAGUCGUUGACUUCAAGAUUUUAUAGUGAAAGUGAAUUGGAAGAAACUGUGUUUGAGCUGAUUGCUUCUAGUGACAACUCUGAUACUUGGACCAUGGAACAAAGGGAAAACAUCAGUGAUAAGAGUAAAACAGGAGUCUUCACUGAGCCAUCCUAUACAAUAGACAAGUCUGAUAAAAUUGACUGCGUUGAUUCUCUGUCCCGUGAACUUGCAGAGGGUGUCAACUGCUCUGUUUCAGGCCAGGCGUAUUCCAUAAAUGUCUCAGAAUUAAAGUUUCCAGAUGAAAGCUUAGCUUGUUUCAGUUCAUCACUAGAUGCAGAACUUGAAACUUACAAUAAAAUAAGAGAGAGGAUUUCCAAAGGAUAUGAAGACAAAAGUGAAGCUGGUAUGUUGGGAAAGGUCUGCAACAAUAUACAUUUCAGUUACAAGGAGAGUGACGACAGACACAAGAGUGAUGUAGAUGAAGACUCACAACUAGAGUAUCACAGUGCUGAAGAACAAGAUUAUUCUGAUCAAAAUACCUCAUAUAUGCCUUUUGAGCAAAUUAAAACUCUAAGGAUGCAAAAUUCAGAAGUUCUGGAGUUGGUAGAUCCACUUUAUGAAGUUGCAUGUGAUGGAGCCAUAGGUGGGCAAAAUCCUGUUAGCAAAUUAGGUGAUGGUUCUUUUGGCUCAGAUUAUGGUGCUGUUGAUGAGUUCUAUAAUAAAGCAGCUAUACCAGAAUACUCAAAAACAUCUCAGGACUCCAUAUCACUGAUGGAUUACAAAGGCCUGAAAUAUGAAAAUCAUGAGGAGGAACAAACUGAUGAUACAUAUCAUAGUAUACUUGGUGAAAAUUCAUUUGAAAGUGAUACUGUUGUGAAUAGAGAAAGGGCUUAUCAAAAAUCACUCUCCAUGAGCAGUUCAGAAAAUCAACAAAAGAUGAAAGCUGUUUCUUUUUGUGAUGUUGCACAGUCAUCACAAAUGGCUAUACAAAAAGUGUUUAAAAUGAAAGAUGGUCACAGCACUAACAGCAUGUUGCAGAACCAUGGAAAUACUUGUGUAUUACCAUGGGAAAGAUCUUCUGUGACAUCCACACAGAUUUCUAGCAAAAAUGCAGAUGAUUCAAUUUCUUGUAGUUGUGAAGAAUCAUUUUUGUCUGUAUUUAAUUCUGAUUGUCAUGAUUGCAGCCAGAAGACUGUUGAGAGGAAAUCAGAUUUUUCUUUUGCAAUCCCCAGAAUUCCAAUGAAAGAUGGUCAUUUGUCUUGUGUGGAAGUUAUAGAUAAGUAUGCUGGUGAUAGUACCAGACAUCAAGUAGAUUUUCCUAACUCAGAAAUCAAGUGUCUGACAUGCUUGAAUAAUGCUACAAGUAAUAAAGUUACAGUUAACCAGACUGUUGAUGCAAGUUCUGAUUUUAGGGCUUGUUUCACUACAAGUAGAGCUACUAGUGCUAAUGCUUCUGUGGUAUCUAAAGCAAACAACACAAAGUUAACAAUGAUGAAUAAAAUCAAGUCUGAAGAAUGGCAGACUGAGACCUGUAGAAGUGUUGCCUGCAAUACAGAUUUGUCAUGUAUAGGUGGCAAUAUGGAGCAGAUUGCCUCAUGGCUUGCUGAGACAUGGGAAAAUUGUAUCUACAGUGAAAUCCCAACAACUGAAUGGAAUUCCCAAAUUAAGGAUCCUUUGGAGUUGAAAAAUAAGUUGAGUGUCAGAGAUUUAAGAGAAAAUCCUGAAAGGAUGUUGCAUCUUAGCAAAGAAACUGAGAAGACUUAUUCAUCAAACUGUUGUAGGAUGCUGCUGCAGAGAGCUAUAAAAGCAGAAUUGCAGCUUCUAAGAACUCACUAUUGGAUGUGUCACCAGCACUGCUGGAAGAUUUACAGACUUAUUAUGGAAGAAAGAGAAUGUUUUAACAGGAAUUUUAAAAGUGACAUUGCCAAGACUGAACUAGGGUCGUCUUUGUUGUCUGUUUUUGAAGAACUGAAGGCUAGGUAUGAAAGCAUGAGAGAAAAAUUAGUCCUGGGUAUACCAUUGGAUUCACUGCCCCCAUUAUCAGUAGAGUCAAAAUUGCUCUCGAUCUUUUCUUCCUACGUUCCUUCAGAGUUAGUGAAAGAUGACCUUCUUUAUAAUUCUAGUUCUGGGGCAGAAAAAUCAGGAUUAGAAAUCUCAAAACAUCAAGAGAGCGAAAUUUCCUCCAGCCUGAAAACACCACCACCUUUAACUGCAGAAAAAAAUCGAGAAACCCAUGAAGACUGGUUUGAUGCUAAAGAAAACUUUACAGUGACUGAUUUUUCAGUAACGCUUCAAGGGAAUGAAAAGGAACAAGAAAAUCUAGGGAAGGUUAUUAGUACAACAGAAAUAAAGAUGGUGAAGAAUACAAAAAGUGAGCCAAAUAAGCGUUAUUUUAUUCAUGUUGGUGGCUUAAGUCCUUCAGUAUCAGAGGUUGAUCUAAGGUCUCAUUUCCAGAAGUAUCAGGUUUUGGAGGUUUCAAUAUGUGAGUUUUCUAGUAACUACAGAUAUGCAUCUCUGAGUUUUAAAAAAGCUAGUAAAGCAAAAUUGGCUGUGGAAGAAAUGAAUGGGAAAGAAAUAAAAGGAAAAGCAGUAAAUGUUCGUCUUGUAAAAACUGCAGGAGAAAAUAUACUUCCAGCUUCUCAAAACGUUUCCAGACCACUUCACUAUGAAAACCAAGCCACUGAUAAUUUGGAAAAAAAUAUUCAAGUCAGAACUACUUGCUCUGUCCCGGACUCUUUGCAAGUGCCUUCCACCACCACAACCUCUUUGAAAGUGCUUGCCCCUCCCUCAGUUUCUUCAACAGCGCCUGCCCCUGUCCUGGCCUCUUCAGAAGUGCUUAGCUCUGAUUUAAAGCCACUUAGACAUGAAUCAGGACACCUUUUAUUCUCAGUUGAUCAACAGAGUAUGAGAGAGAAUCCUCUGCAGAUAAAACCUGUGCAGUUCUCUCCUAAUCCAUCUGCUACCUUUAUACCUCCUAACACAUUAAACUUGAGCAGCUUUACCAAAUUGAUGAAGAAACUAAAAGAACUACAUCCCAAGGCUAGUAGCGACAAUAUUGUGGAUGCUUUGCUGGAGGUCAGAACAAAUAAUAAAGGUUUCCUGAGUGGCUUGUCUAUUAAUGCUAUUGUGGAAAUGGCUUCCUUUGUUCUGAGGAAGUCUGCAUCCAAAUGUGAGAAAAAGUAGCAUGAACAGCAUUGCAAGCAUGGAUGCAGAAAAGACCAAGAGAACCAGUGUGGGAAAGUGCUUGUUUUUUAAAUAUUAGUUUUAUUUACGAAACAUUUAUAGUAUUUGAAAGCUCUGAAAUAUGUUGUGUUCAAGUGGAUGAGCAUUCUCAAAAUAGUUUUUUUACAAACUUUCCUUUGUAAUUUUUUGUUCCACUCGUGACAGGUAGUCAACAAUCUGUAGCAAGAUUUUGACUUUCACUGUGAGGGAGCUGGAUAAAAUGAAAACAGCCUUCUGCCACUGAGGCUCUGAAGCAACCAAGUCAUUAGUUUCCAAUGGGAAAAAGUUAACAUCUGUGUGUAAACUCUAAUCCUAUUAGAGCAUGUUAAUGAGAAAAAGGUUAAAAAUAACUUUAAGAAAAGUUUGCUCUUGUUAAAGUUUGUUUAUAGAUAUUCCAGUGUAUGCUUUCAAGUUUCCUGUGGAUGAACAUCCAUUGAGGAAAUACCUUUUGAGUAUCUUAAAGUCAGUCCUGGAAGCUGAUGUAACAUCUAAACAUAUUUUGCAGCAUAUUAUAUGUAACACUGUAGUGUGAAACAAAUGUUACAUCACAGGGUCUUCCAUACAGCAAGUUACCAGUGUUUGUUUUGCAGGAGAACGUGAUAUAAAUAUCAGUUGUAGACGUUGGUUUCACAAACUUGUAUUUAGACUUUAAAAAAUGUUUUCAAAUGUU